AUGUCUCAAACCACCCCUGUUGACCAACAACCCCCUCAGUUUCCUCCUUAUCUCACUGAACCACCAGUAAUCACUGAAGCCCAAUGGGCACACCGACUAGCCCUUACUCGCGAACAGACCAACGUUGUAGAUGCCACCGAACUGAUGUCAGAUAGGCGCGCAUACUUUUAUCUAUUCCAUCAGUCUAACAUCGAUUGCCUUUACGCUACUUACCCUCUGGACACGUUCCAUUGCUGGCAACAAUCAUUCCUAAUUGCCAACGAACUACACACAGUCACCGUCUCACUGGCUUUGUUAGUAGAUGAGCUUACACGGGACAACAAUUCCGCAUUGAGUAUUAGAGCGACUUUGCUCAUGGAACACUUGCAGAUAGAAUCCCUGGAACAACGCUUGAGGAAGAACUGCGAGAAUGGAGAGAAAGAAGCGGUCAAGGCUUUCCUACAAUUAGGGGGCCAGAAGGUAUUUGUUAUCCCUACCAGGUCUCACGGGACACACCUUUCCAGGACGUCACCCCCCUCACUCUCCACCACCACCUCCACCAGCAUCUCGCCCAUCAUCGCCAGAUCUUGCUCUACCCGUGCCCGCUCCACUAUCCCCAAUACGUUCCUCUACAACCGACUCAAUAACCCCCGUUCCCAACGUAGUCGACGCAUUGCAGGACACAUUGAUUCCUACGUGACCAACGAUGCUCGCCCCAAGCCGGUACUCCUCAUCCCUUUGGGCCGCACUCCCCGAGUACCGCACACAGGCCUGAGGAAGACCCCGAUAUCGACCAGCAACACAUCUCCGGAUGGAAGGUUGUCAAGGAGCAAUGAAGGGGACACUUUGUCCACAGGGAAUAAAAGCAAAAAGCCCUCACCCAUAUCAGACUAUUCCAAUUCCACUCAUUCACAAUCCUCUUCGGAACGAAGACGCUGCCCUCGUGUUCGACGUUGUUAUGCAUGUCAAGAAUAUGGCCAUUGCGCCAUCUAUUGUCGUCACCAUACUUGCUCUACGUGUGGGUUAGAUGCCCCAGGGCACCGAGCUAAUGAAUGUAACCUACGACGCAACUACCCCUUUGCCCGGGAUAGUUGGGGAUUGGAUGACAUACAUAACAACCUGGACAAUGACGCACGGUACAACGUAGACGGAGAAUUGGGAGACUUCGGAGCAGUCUGA